UCUGAGAGUGAAGAUAAUGUUGAUUGCACAGGAACAAGAAACAAGCACUCAGAGCUGGACAGUUUAAGCAGGGACAAGAUAGAGGCAACAAUUCUACUAGAGAGAUGUCAUCCUACUUGCGCAACAAGGAUCUGUCAUCCUGCACUAGGAAAUCUGUUUUAGAGUUGGCAUCCUCCUCAUCCUCUGGGAACAAAAGCUUCAGACAAGAUAAAUUGUCUAGGAGUGAUGCCAGUGAAGUGGAAAGCCCUUUGGAAACACUUGGUUCUACCAGCUACUACCCACGUAAAGAAAUGGAUUCUCUAAACAAGUCAGCUGACUUUGCCAGCAAGAACUACAAGAAGCUGUAUGAGGAGGCACUGGCAGAAAAUGAGAAGCUUAAGGCUUGUCUGGAGGACAGCAAGCAGGAUUUGGACAAAUUCCGCCUAAAAUUGGACAAAAUCACACAGAAGCCGGACAGAAUAUCUGAGAAGUGCAAUUUAUUUGAGUCAGAUAAAAUGGAAAAGCAGGUUUUGGAGAAAAAGGUGUCUGAGAUGGAAGAAGAGCUGAAGGUAAAAGGUUUUGACAGACCUGAAGUCAGAUAACCAGCGCCUAAAGGAUGAGAAUGGGACUUUAAUCAGAGUGAUCAGCAAACUUUCCAAAUGAGGCAUUAUGAAGAUUCACACUGAGAUUUACUGACUUGAAGGACUUCACUUACUUCCUAUCAACCACACAAUGGAUAAAUGUUUUCCGCUGUCUCCUAGAACCCUACUCUCUUUAAAUUUGCCUUUUGAUGAAAAAUAUUACAAAGAUAACAUGAUUGACCUCAAAUGAACUGCUUACUGUUUGUAGCCAUUUGAUUAACAUGACAGUUAUAACACGUCAAGGUAGAAAACAAUUUAUUUGCAAAAUAAAGGCUAAUUAACCAAAAGAUAAACAGACACUUGUUUGUUUUUACCAUGUUUUAAAUGCUUUUUCUGUAAUUACAGGUUGAAGUCUUUUAGGAUAUGACUAAAAGACAGAUCAGCCUUGUACAUCUAGAUCCUAAUAUUUUUUUUUAUUCGUGAAUUAAAUUACACCACACUGCCAUGUAAUUUUUUACUUAGAAGUUAUUUAUUAAUUGAUUGGUUAUAUUUACAACUACCAUAAGAGCCUUUUAUUAAUGUGCUUAUUCUAAUACGUAAUUGUUCUUUUACCAAGACAUUCAUAGCCAGGAUGAAAUAUUACACAUCAUAUACAUUUUAGCAGUUAUAUACUAUACAGUAUGUAGCUAAUACAGCUAUGUUGCAGCUAUACACAAUUUACUACGAGAUAUUAAUAUUUAAUACAAGAUUCUUUUCUCUGUUUGUCUCCUUAUCAUUUUGCCAACAACUGAAAAUGAAGUGCAUUAAUAUUUCAUGAACAAUUAAAUAUUCCUCACGUUUCGGAACAUCAA